AUGUAUGAUCAGUGUAACAGUCAGGAAGUGAGGCUGAAGCAGAGAGAGAUGAAUCUCCUCCAGGUUGGCACUCGGAGAAACAACACUGCAUCUUCCUGGCUUGUGAAAUUCAGUGUUCUUUGGCUUUUUAGUCAGAGCUGUUGCAAAGCCAGCACUGUUUGGACUGCAUACAACAUAUCAUUUCAUAUUGGGAAUCGCAUGCUGUCAGAGUUAGGGGAAGCUGGAGUAUUUGGAAGAAGCUCCACUUUGAAGAGAGUGACAGGAGUUGUCGUGCCACCAGAUGGAAAACCACAAAAUGCCUGUAAUCCCAAUACCAGUUUCAGCAGAUCAAAGAACUCAGAGACGUGGCUUGCACUUAUUGAACGGGGAGGCUGCUCCUUCACACAGAAAAUUAAGGUGGCCGUUGAGAAGGGAGCCAGUGGAGUGAUCAUCUAUAACGUUCCAGGAACUGGCAAUCAGGUUUUUCCUAUGUCUCAUCAGACAUUUGAAGACAUUGUUGUAGUGAUGAUUGGUAACAUAAAAGGCAUGGAGAUUUUGCAUUUAAAUUCGAAGGGAGUUCAUGUUACAGUCAUAGUUGAGGUGGGGAGAAAACACAUCAUCUGGAUGAAUCACUAUUUUGUCUCUUUUGUGAUUGUCACAACUGCUACUUUAGCAUACUUCAUCUUUUAUCAUAUUCGAAGAUUUUGGGUAGCAAGGAUUCAAAACAGGAGAUGGCUGCGGUUAGAGACAGAUCUCAAGAUAGCAUUUAGCCAGCUCCAACUUCGGGUCCUGAAAGAAGGGGAUGAGGAAGUAAGUCCAGACGGAGAUAGUUGUGUAAUUUGCUUUGAACUCUACAAGCCUGAUGACACAAUUCGUAUUCUGACUUGUAAACAUUUUUUCCACAAGAAUUGCAUUGACCCCUGGAUUCUAGCCCGAACAUGCCCCGUGUGCAAAUGUGACGUUCUUAAUGCUUUGGGGAUUCAAGUGGAUAUUGAAGAUGGAACACAAUCAUUGCAAGUUCUGAUGUCAAAUGAGUGGCCUGGUAUUUUAUCACCUAGUGAAGACGGGACAAAUAAUGAACUUCCUCCUGCAAGAGAGUCAGAUAAAGUGACCCACGUGGAAGAGGUGGAGGAGCACACUACUUCUCAGAAUGACAGCCAGCCUAACUCUGUAGAUGCUCAUCCUUCACCUUGAUAGCAUGACCUUUGAGGAAGUGGAUUAAACCUCUUUGUCAAAUCAGUUCUAAUACUGACAAGGGUUUGUUUGAAGUGUGGUUUUGUGUCCUUUUUUGUUUGGUAAUUUUCUCCAUUCUUUGUCAAUCCCUAAAGACAGAAAAACAAAAAAAAAAGCCUAGCAAGAUGUUUUGUUUGUUUUUGUUUUUAUCUUUGCUAAAUGUAAAUUUUUGUUGGUGUAUGUAACUCCUGUGACUAUGUAUGUUUAUUUCUAUGUAUACAUGCAUGUUAAAACCAAGGAUAAACAUUUUUUUCUAGAUGAUUUUUGUACAUAUAUUGGGCUUUAUUUUAGUAAGAAUAUUGCUAAUAUAUUUGCAAGCUCCUUAUGAU